AUGGCCUGGCUGCUGGUGCCAGGCAUACUACUGUGCAUGCUGGGUGCUGGAUUAGGCACUUCAGAUUUGGAGGACCUUCUGCCUCUUGCUCCCCACAACUGCCCCAAUAAAUGCAUCUGUGCUGCCGAUGUGCUGAGCUGCGCGGGUCAUGGAUUACAGGACGUGCCGGUAGCAUUACCUGCUACUGCUGCAGAACUCGACUUGAGCCACAAUGCACUCAAACGUCUGUACCCUGGCUGGCUAGCACCCCUCUCCCGGCUGCGUGUCCUGUACCUAGGCUACAAUAAAUUGGAUGUGCUGGGCCACGGUGUCUUCACCAAUGCCAGUGGCUUGAGGACACUUGAUCUAUCAUCUAAUAUGUUGAAGAUACUCCACACCCAUGACCUGGAUGGACUGGGGAGGCUGGAGAGACUGCUUCUGUUCAAUAACCGCCUGGUACACUUGGACCUGGACGCCUUCCAGGGUUUGAACAUGCUCAGCCAUCUCUAUCUUGGCUGCAAUGAACUCACCUCUUUUUCUUUCAACCACUUGCAUGGUCUGGGAACAACCCACCUGCGCACUCUAGACCUGUCCUCCAACUGGCUGAGACACAUCUCCAUCUCCAGGCUGGCUGCACUGCCGGCUUUCCUCAAGAAUGGGCUCUACUUGCACAACAACCCACUGCCCUGUAACUGCCGCCUCUACCACCUGCUCCAGCGCUGGCACCAGCGGGGCCUAAGUGCCCUGCGGGAUUUUGCGCGUGAGUACACAUGCUUGGUCUUUCAGGUUUCAGCAUCCAGAGUGCGCUUCUUUGAGCACAGCCGGGUGUUUGAGAACUGCUCGGCUGCUGCAGCUCUAGACUUAGAACUGCCUGAAGAACAGCUGGACACGCAAGUGGGGCAGUCCCUGAGGCUCUACUGCAACACCAGCAUGCCUGCUGCGCGAGUAGCCUGGGUUUCACCAAAAAAUGAGCUGCUUGUUGCACCAGGCUCCCAGGAUGGCAGCAUUGCUGUGUUGGCUGAUGGCAGCUUAGCGAUACACAAGGUACAAGAGCAGCACGCUGGCAUCUUUGUGUGCCUGGCAACUGGGCCCCGCCUGCACCACAACCAGACACUUGAGUUCAAUGUGAGUGUGCAUAAACCGCGGCCUGAGCCGGAGACUUUCAACACAGGCUUCACCACAUUGCUGGGCUGUAUUGUGGGCCUGGUGCUGGUGCUGCUCUACUUGUUUGCACCACCGUGUCGUGGCUGCUGUCACUGCUGCCGACGUUGCCGGCGGACCUGCCGUAACCGCUGCUGGCCCCGAGCACCCAGUCCACUCCAGGAGCUGAGUGCACAGUCCUCAGUGCUCAGCACUACGCCACCAGAUGCACCCAGCCGCAAGGCCAGUGUCCACAAGCAUGUGGUCUUCCUGGAGCCGGGCAAGAAAGGUCUCAAUGGCCGUGUGCAGCUAGCAGUAGCUGAAGACUUCGAUCUGUGCAAUCCCAUGGAGUUGCAACUCAAGGCUGGCUCAGAGUCAGCCAGUUCCACAGGCUCAGACGGUCUCAUGAUGACCUAGACUGCCUAGGUAUCCCCACACAGGACAUAGACCUCCUGCUGCUUGCCCUGCCUGCUGCUGCAGUUUAGAGAACUGACAUGCUGGGGGGAUGCGCUGUGCCUGGUCCUUCAACUGCAUGUGAGCCUUGACCUGGACCAUAAUCGUUCUACUCACUGGUAAAGGGGUUGAGGCUCCCCAAUUUGCCUUCUGCUCUGCCUAGCUCAGGAUAAGGCCUCGGACUACAAGAGCCUGCUUUCCCUAGGACCUCUUUGAGUAACCAAAUGUUCCAUGAAGAUUAGGGUAAGAGUCCUUGCAUUAAAACUCUGGGACCACUU